AGCCCGGGUGAAGUAAACAGAAGCUGCGCGGAGGAAGGCCGCAGGCACCGUCGCGACGUAAAAAAGCACCGCCGCUGCCGCCCUUUCUCUUUCUCCGACCCCGCUGCCGGCGCAGCCGCCGCCUCGCCACCAUGGGGAAAUCAUUCGCUAACUUCAUGUGCAAGAAGGACUUUCACCCGGCCUCCAAGUCCAAUAUUAAAAAGGUAUGGAUGGCAGAACAGAAAAUAUCUUAUGAUAGAAAGAAACAAGAAGAAUUAAUGCAGCAAUAUCUUAAAGAACAAGAAUCUUAUGAUAACAGAUUGCUUAUGGGAGAUGAACGUGUCAAGAAUGGUCUAAAUUUUAUGUAUGAAGCGCCACCUGGAGCAAAGAAAGAAACCAAAGAGCAGGAGGGAGAAACUGACUACAAAUUUGAAUGGCAGAAGGUAGCUCCUCGUGAAAAGUAUGCUAAGGAUGACAUGAACAUUAGAGACCAGCCAUUUGGCAUCCAGGUGAGGAAUGUGAGGUGCAUUAAAUGCCACAAGUGGGGCCACGUAAACACAGACCGAGAAUGUCCUUUAUUUGGCCUUUCUGGAAUUAACGCAAGCUCUGUUUCCAGUGAUGGCGCAGGGCCAUCGAUGCACCCCUCAGAGCUAAUAGCGGAGAUGAGAAACAGUGGGUUCGCGCUGAAACAAAAUGUACUGGGGAGAAACUUGACCGCAAAUGAUCCAUCCCAGGAAUACGUUGCAAGUGAGGGAGAAGAUGACCCAGAAGUAGAAUUUCUGAAAUCCUUGACAACUAAGCAAAAGCAAAAACUUUUGAGAAAGCUAGAUCGCCUAGAGAAAAAGAAGAAGAAGAAGAAAGACAAAAAGAAGAAAAAGCAGCGGAAAAGCAAAAAUAAACACAGAAAGCAUAAGAGCAGAUCCUCUUCCACAUCCUCCAGCGAGUCCUCAGCAAGCAGCGGUGACGGUGAGACCAGUAGCAAAAACAAAGCCCCCUGUGGAAAAAUAGAUUCUGAGAAAAAAAGGAGAACCAGGUUUUCAGAGACUGACAGCAGUGAUUCUGAUGAGAAGGGGAAGAAAAAACUUUACAAAGAUCCCUCCAGCAGCCAUGAUAACAAGGGCAAAGACAGAGAGAAGUCUCGGCUUUUAAAAGAAGGCCCUUCUUGGGAGAACGACAAAUGGGGCUCCAGUGAGAGCGAAAGAAAUCCCACAAGCAGAAAGGGAAACUCAGAGGGGAGAAAAGAAUCGGAACGACCGGGACACGCAAGCAGGAGCCACAGCAAGGGGGAGAGGAGCAGGCAAAGCUCUGAUUCAAGGCAGCGGGCGCACAGUCCCCGUGAGGAACGAGACAAGAGUAAGGAAGUAAAAAGCCACAGUUCAGAGGUAAGCAGAGAGCAGAGGAAGCGUAAAGAGAGCCACCCUGAUGAAUACGGCAAAAGGGAGCACCGAGAAAGAAGCAAAGAGAGGAGAAAAUAAAGUGGAUAGCUUGUGCGUUUUUUUUUCUUUCUUGGGAAGGACUCCUGUUGUGCUCUUCUGCCUCUCAUAAGUUCUCAGAAAAAUCUCAGCCUCCUGCUUCAAACAUUCUUGUAUAUAUGUCGUAUCUAUUACGUAACAAGUAAAUAAACACAAUCCAGGGUUUUCUGUUGGAAUCAUUUAAUUGUGGAGGUGGAGGGGAGAGGGAAGAAAAGUUAUUUGGUAGAUCUAGCUUUCUUUUGCAGUUGAUAUUAGUGUGCAGAAAAAGGAGUCAGUACUGAAGUUUCAACAAUAACGUGUUUCUUUCUUUAAAAUAAUACAUCUAGACAAGCCUUGCAAGAAACAAAAGAAGCUGUUCCAGAGACAUGGAAUUAUUUUGUUUGCAUUUAAUGUGGUUUGGAAUAAAAUUCCUGUAAAGAGGCAUAAAAACUGGGUUAUUUUGAUCUGAACUUUUAGUUUCUUUUUCGCGGAUGUUUUCCUAAGUAAAAGCAACAGAGCAGCAUUGGUUCAACAUAUGCCAAUAUGUUUUGUCCUUGUGAAAGUAUAUCUUCACCACAACUAUCUAAAUAUGUGAACUUCCAUUGUCAGUUAUUUUGCAGCGCUUGAGAAAAAUAUUUUUUGUGUUAAGAAUUUCUAAGUAUUGUGUGCUACAGAAAUAUAAUGUCCAUUCCUAUCUUAUUAAACUGCAGAUUGUCAUUGUUAAGAUUUGAAGGAUGUGAUAGUCCUCAUUAGUCGGACAUCAAGCAAUUUUGCUGUCUUGCUAUAGUUUAAAUUUUCUUUAUUAAUGCUUGUUUUUCUGUACUGUUUUGUAUCAUCAUGCUGAGAUUUUUGCAUAAAAAUGAAACGUGACUCACUUUGCAAAAC